CCCCCUUCUCUCCCCCUCCCUCCACGUGUAAUUGCCUCCCUCUCUGUCUCGCUGCAGCUCCCGUUGAGUCUCUCUCCUUUUUGCGUGGGGAGUGCAGCUCGCGACGCCACGAGGAUGGAUCCACUGCCCCUGAGGGAGACGCCCACUCUCUCCACGCUCUUCCAGGAGACGCUCCCCCCUCCUCCCGGUUACCACGGCGACGACCUGGUCCCCCCGCCUCCCGGUUACUGUGGCAAUGAUCCUGCCCCGCCUCCUCCCGAUUACCACGGCGAUGACACAAACUUGCCGCCUCCUCCCAGCUACCAGGGGGAGCCCCUGCCCCCGCCUCCCGGCUACCACGGCGACGAGCUGCCCCCCCCGCCUCCCGGUUACCAAGGAGACAACUCAGCCCUGCCUCUCCAGGAUCACCACGGCGAUGUCGCCUUCCCCCCACCUCCCGAAUACGUCGUCGAUGAAGGCAUCGUCGUCGACACACAUCCGCCGGGGUAUCCUGACGGACCCCUCUCCGAGGGUCACGGGGUUCCUGGGGUUUCCUUUCAGGACCCGCUGAGCUCCUUCCUCAGCGGCGAGCAGCUGGAGCGGAGCGUGUGCCUCGCGCGCCGCGCAAUCACCAGCACAUCGGGCGGGGCGACCGCGGCGGCAAGCCCGCCCAUCGGCGGAUUUGCUGCAUCACCCGGACGAGCCCCCAGUUUUGUCGGGGAGCUCUGGGGAGACGGUUCGGACGCCGAGGGGUGCGAUUCGGGGACCGGGUUCCGGAGCGAGGAGCCCCCAACGCCUCCAGAGAGCUGGGACACGAGGUCGGACACGGCAUCACUCUCGUCGUUUGUGGAGAGCCUUGUGCUGGAGAAGCCCUUCUCGACGGCCGGGGCUGGAACCGGCGCCGCCACCGGGGGGCUGCAUGACGGAGCCGGGGAGGCGUCCAGGCGAGCGCCGGGCCAUGCCCCCUCUUUCACACAGAGGCUACGCAGCUGUCGAGUAAGCGAGGGGUCACAGGUCGUCAUGGAGUGUCACGUGACUGGUGACCCCACACCAACAGUCAGCUGGACCUGCGAGGACUCGUGCGUCCUGCCGCCCGGGGUCGUGACCUCGGUGCGGGGGGCCGUGACCUCUGCGGACGGGGCCGUGACCUCUGUGGGUCACGUGCUGGAGGUGGCGGCGGCGCGAGCGGCGCUGCAUUCGGCGCGAUACUCGUGCGUCGCCCGGAACCGGCACGGAAGCGCCACCACCUCGGCCGUGCUCACCCUCACCGCCGGUGAAGCUGUUCCUCCCGCUCCUCACCGCAAGAAGAAGGAGCCACCACCAGUUCCACCCAAACCGGUCUCGCGUCAUCCAAUCACGUCGCGGAUCCUGUCGUCGACUCCGCCCCCUCCACCCCCUCCGCCUCCUCCCAUCGGUCGGAUAAAACCACGCGUGGGGGUGAGGAAGUCCAUGUCGGAGCGUGAUAUCCGCCAGUCGAAGGACGCGCUCAUCCAGGACCUGGAGAAGAGACUGCACAUGAGAUCCAUUCCGCGACAGCCGCGCUUGUCGCACGAGGAGAAGAUGGCGCGGCGACUGUUUGGGAACAAAUACGAGGACUCGGUCACGUCUGACACAGACAUCGCCAGCGACCCGGGGGCCAGUGUGCCCGAGUGCCCUCUGACCCGGCAGUACUACCGGCCUCACUUUGUGCAGCCGCUGAGCGACGUCACGGGCAGCGAGGGGGAUCUCUGCCGCCUCGACUGCAAGGUUACGGGGCUGCCGGAGCCCGAGGUGGCGUGGAGCGUGGAGGGCCACCCGGUGAGCGGCCGCACCGCGGGCUGCCGUGCGCUGGUGCAGGAGAGCGGCCUGCACUCGCUGCUGCUGCUGCUGCAGCUGCGGCCCGGGGGCGCCGGCGGCACCGGCGGUCGGAGCGAGCCCGGUGGCUUGCUGGUGACGUGCGUGGCACGCAACGCGGCGGGGGAGAGCGGAAGCAGCGCACGCGUCACAAUCACACCGAUGGAGGUGGAGUCGCCGCCGCACUUCGUGAUGCCGCUGAGACACGUGGUGGCCGAGGAGGGAUCGCCCUUCCGCCUCGAGGUGGUCGCGACCUCCCAGCAGGUCGCGGCCUGCCGGGAGGGUCACGGCGGGGAGGACGGAGAGGAGGGGCCGCUAAUCACCUUCUCCUGGCUCAAGGACAAGCAGAGCGUCCACCCCUCCGAACACACCCGGAUGCACGAGGACGGCUGUGGCUACGCGUGCCUUGUGAUUGGCCAGGCGGGGUCACGUGACGCGGGCUGGUACUCGGUCUCCUGCCGCUCGCGCUCCGGCCUCCUGGCGUCGUGCACGGCGCGCGUCACCGUACAGCCCCGAUACGGACCGUCCCCCACGUCCCCGGAGCCCCCCCCAUGGGGGUGCGAGCGUCGCAGCGCUGGCGGGGGUCGCUACGCCGCUCUGGGGGGGCUCGGAGCCGCCGUGCGAGCUGCCUUCGCCCCCCGCAAUGCCCUCUGAACCCCCCCCCCUCUCGCCCCUAGACGCACGCUGUCCCAUGGCGCCUGUCCGCAGAGGUCGCAAACGGGUUUUGAUUCCUUACCCGUACCCGUACCCGGCUGCACCAGGGUCGCAAAUGGGUACCCGUACCCGUACCCUACUCGAAAUGAGUGACAAACGGUGACUCACCAGUGACUCACGGCCUACCCGUACCCGACUGGGUACGGGUAGCCGGGUAUCGGGUAGGGUACGGGUAUCGGGUACCCGGUUGCGACCUCUGCCUGUCCGGCACGGAUGAUGAUGAUGAUGAGAGCCAUGAUGAUGAUGAUGAAGAGAGCCAUGAUGAUAAUGAUGAUGAGAGCCAUGAUGAUAAUGAUGAUGAGAGCCAUGAUGAUGAUGAUGAGAGUGAUGAUGAUGAAGAGAGCCAUGAUGAUAAUGAUGAUGAGAGCCAUGAUGAUGGUGAUGAUGAUGAGAGUGAUGAUGAUGAUGAGAGUGAUGAUGAUGGUGAUGAUGAGAGCCAUGAUGGUCACGGUUGGAUUCCGAUGGAGCUGCCCUCCUUUACUCUCUUCGACGCGUUUGAAGGGCGUCCCCAGUGGAGCCGUCCCUGGCAGCAGCAUUCGUCUGCUGCCAGUCUCAGGGGGCGACGGUUGCUGCUGAGGCCGGCCACUCCCAGUGGAGUCACUUUGCAGCACAAUGUUUCAAAUUCGCCUCUUUUGGAUUCGUGAUGCCGGCACACGAUGGCAUACGAUGUCGAACGACAUCACGAGAUCUUGUAACGUCCGCUGUGGGUGAAGCGGGCGGCGCGUGGUGGUGUUGUUCCGGUUGAUACGCACGACUGCGGUAUUAAUCAUGGCGGCCGCCAGGCUCGAAGCACAAACAUCUCCCAACUGCUGGGUCACUGCCCCAAAUCGACUCCGAAUUCUGGUCCCUGAGUUCACGGUGGUAGAGGGAGGAGGAGGAUGAGUAGCUGUAGAGAGGGAGGGGAAGAGGGA